CCAGAGCUGAGGAGAGCCCUCCGCGCUCGGCGUCUCCCGCGUCGGGGAAGCCUCGGCGCCGCCGGCACCAUGAGUGAACAGAGUAUCUGUCAGGCAAGAGCUGCUGUGAUGGUUUAUGAUGAUGCCAAUAAGAAAUGGGUGCCAGCUGGUGGCUCAACUGGCUUCAGCAGAGUUCAUAUCUAUCACCACACAGGCAACAACACAUUCAGAGUGGUGGGCAGAAAGAUUCAGGACCAUCAGGUCGUGAUAAAUUGUGCCAUUCCUAAAGGGCUAAAGUACAAUCAAGCUACACAGACUUUUCACCAAUGGAGGGAUGCUAGACAGGUGUAUGGUCUCAACUUUGGCAGCAAAGAGGAUGCCAAUGUCUUCGCAAGUGCCAUGAUGCAUGCCUUAGAAGUGUUAAAUUCACAGGAAGCAGCCCAGAGCAAGGUUACUGCUACCCAGGACAGCACUAAUUUGCGAUGUAUUUUCUGUGUGUUCUAUUUAGGGCCAACAUUGCCUAGACAGAAUUCACAGCUACCUGCUCAAGUUCAAAAUGGCCCAUCCCAAGAAGAAUUGGAAAUCCAGAGAAGGCAACUGCAAGAGCAGCAACGACAGAAGGAGCUGGAGAGGGAAAGGUUGGAGAGAGAAAGAAUGGAAAGGGAAAGAUUGGAGAGAGAGCGGCUAGAAAGAGAGAGGCUUGAGAGGGAGCGCUUGGAACAAGAACAGCUGGAGCGGGAGAGGCAGGAACGGGAACACCUGGAGCGCCUGGAGCGGGAGAGGCUGGAGCGCCUGGAGAGAGAGAGGCAAGACCGUGAGCGCCUGGAGCAGUUGGAGCGGGAGCAAGUGGAGUGGGAGAGAGAGCGCAGAGUGUCCACUGCUGCUCCAUCUUCAGACAGCUCCCUGUAUAGUGCUCCACUUCCUGAGUAUUCCAGUUGCCAGCCUCCUUCAGCACCUCCUCCAUCAUAUGCUAAAGUCAUCUCAGCUCCAGUGUCAGAUGCCACUCCUGAUUACGCUGUAGUGACUGCUUUGCCACCUACUUCCACACCCCCUACACCACCACUGCGACACUCAGCGACCCGUUUUGCAACAUCUCUAGGUUCAGCCUUCCACCCUGUUCUUCCCCAUUAUGCUACAGUUCCUCGUCCUCUGAACAAAAACUCUCGACCUUCUUCUCCUGUGAACACACCCUCUUCUCAGCCUUCAGCUGCGAAGUCCUGUGCCUGGUCUACUUCCAAUUUCUCGCCCCUCCCUCCGUCUCCUCCAAUAAUGAUUAGCAGCCCCCCUGGCAAAGCUACUGGCCCAAGGCCUGUCCUCCCCGUUUGUGUCUCCUCUCCUGUGCCCCAAAUGCCUCCAUCACCAGCAGCACCCAAUGGGCUGCUGGACUCUGUAACAUACCCAGUGUCUCCACCGCCUACCUCAGGGCCAGCAGCUCCGCCACCACCACCGCCACCACCACCACCACCACCACCACCACCGCCGCCGCCGCUGCCUCCCCUCGCCUCACUCUCACACUGUGGAUCGCAGGCUUCUCCUCCUCCAGGCACCCCUCUUGCCUCAACUCCCUCAUCCAAGCCCAGUGUUCUCCCUUCUCCCUCUGCAGCUGCCCCUGCCUCUGUGGAGACCCCUCUAAAUCCUGAGCUGGGAGACUCCUCUGCUUCCGAGCCAGGCUUGCAGGCAGCCUCUCAGCCGGCCGAGACGCCAACCCCACAGGGCUUUGUCUUGGGACCACCUGCACCCCCACCCCCUCCACCACUUCCACCAGGCCCUGUCCAGAUCUCAGCACUUCCUCCUCCCCCUGGUCCUCCUCCACCACCUCCACUACCAUUCACUGGGCCUCCCCCUCCCCCUCCCCCUCCCCCUCUUCCUAAUCAAGUACCCUUACCUCCUCCACCACCUCCUGCCCCUCCCCUCCCUGCAUCUGGAUUUUUCUCUGGAUCUGUGUCCGAAGACAAUCGCCCUUUAACUGGACUUGCAGCUGCAAUUGCAGGAGCAAAACUUAGGAAAGUGUCUCGGGUGGAAGAUGUCUCUUUCCCAAGUGGAGGGAGUGCAGUUGGUGUGAACUCGGCCUCAUCCAAAACAGAUACUGGGCGUGGGAAUGGACCCCUUCCUUUAGGAGGUAGUGGUUUAAUGGAAGAAAUGAGUGCCCUGCUGGCCAGGAGGAGAAGAAUUGCUGAAAAAGGAUCAACAAUAGAAACAGAACAAAAAGAAGACAAAAGUGAAGAUUCAGAGCCUGUAACUUCUAAGGCCUCGACAACCAGUACACCUGAACCAACCAGGAAACCUUGGGAAAGAACAAAUACAAUGAAUGGCAGUAAGUCACCUGUCAUCUCCAGACCGAAAUCUACGCCCUCGUCACAACCCAGUGCCAAUGGAGUCCAGACAGAAGGACUCGACUAUGACAGACUGAAGCAGGACAUUUUAGAUGAAAUGAGAAAAGAACUAGCAAAGCUGAAGGAAGAGCUUAUUGAUGCAAUCAGGCAGGAACUGAGCAAAUCAAAUACUGCAUAGAGAAUCAAACUACAGAGAAAUAGGACUUGAAUCUGGAGAAAAACAAAAAUUCCUACAAAGAACUGUUAACAAUCUCCUACGAUUUUUAAGCUGUAAGAAGAAAAUGGAUAUAGUCAGGAGGGAAAAACUUGACAACCUCUCAGACAUCGUGACUCUGGCAGUCAGCUCUUCCCUCCCCGUGUGCUGCUUUUUUCUGACCUUUACCACAGAUGGAAGAAUUGUGUUUGAGUUCCCGUAGCAGUACUAAACCUGUCAGGCAAGAUCACCGUACAUUGAAAUAUUUUCAUGUCUAGAUAAAACCGCACAUUUCCACAAUCCAUUGCUAAAAUAAAGAAGAGAAAGGCUUACAAAGGUUUUUUCAGAGGGUGCUGAUGAAGAAUUUAGCAAGUUCUGUUGUAUUGUAAAUGUUGCUCUCAGGUCUGUCUUCCUAUCAUAUUUGAAUAUUCCGUGAACAGUUAGGUUAAGAUCAGAAGAUGUGGAACAAAUGUAAUGUAUCUGCUUUCAAAGGGUGAAUUUAUAAGAAAGUGUCCGAAAACAAUUGGUCCCACUUGAGGAAUUGUAGAAUGAUAGGAAGUCUUUCAAGUUAGCCUUCAUGCAAUUUUGUAGUUUAAAACAUAAAAUUCAUCCAGAAUUUAAAGAUUUAGAUGCCUUCCUAAAUUGUUACAAUGCUUUACCAAAUCUAUGACUUCUAUAUAACAAAAACCAGUGGUCAAAUGUAAAACAUAUUAUAGAUUUACUGUAGGUUUUCAACCUUUUUUAGAUUUAUGCAUGUGGCAUUUUUAUAAUGUAAUUACAAUCACCAUGAAGUUAGCUUUUUUACUUACAGACAGUAAUGCAUGUCCUGCUAAUAUGUAGUGGCCUUGUUAAGGCCUAGUCCCAGGGAAAAUACUUUGUAGAAUAUAGGGAAGGGAGGAAGGGAAGGAAUAAUUUUUUAUUUAAAGUUAAUUUCUGCACUAUCUUUUUUCUCAAUUACCUGCAUGAAUAAUAAUGAGAAAUAUUUUGUGACUUUAAUUGGUAAAUGUUAACAGAACCAAGUGCUUAAUCUUUGACAUCAUGUCUUCAGCAAUUUGUAUUUUAACCAGUAUUCCAAUGGUCUGAAGCAUGAUUCUGAGCUUCACAUGAAUUACAUCUUCCUGUGGAACUCAAAAAGUUUGAUCACUGAAUUUGGCAGUUAUUAUUACUAGGUCCCCCACAGUGCUGCUGGUGUUCAGGUACAUGUUCCUGACUACGAAGCCACUUUUGAACUUGGUUGUGUUAAAACACAAGAAAUAAUAAUGAUGGUGGCAAUUAGGGUCACAGAACUCACCAGAUAAAGGGAAGCAAGCAAGGAGUUCUGCGGUUUCCUUUUACUAAAUAGAGGUUUAGGUGGUGGGGAAAAAUCAGAUACUGUUACACCCUGCAUAGGUGAGUAUGGCUGGGUGUGUGUGGGUGUGUGUGUGUGUGUGUGUGUGUGUAUGCGUGUAUGCGCAUUUGAUGUGUGUAUGUAAUCCACUCUUUUUGCUUUGUAAGACUAAAAUAAGGGAGAAAUCCUAUAUGUUAUAAUGUUAGUUUUUUGGAAAAUUUAGAAACUCAGACUUCUCCAAGCUCCCCAUCAUGGUUUAUGCUUGAGUUAUGUGCCAUAUUUGCUUUGGAAUCUUUGAUUAUCAAAACUUUCACUAAAAUUUUGAAGAAAUAAUCUGCUUUCACCUGCUUUCUAGAUUUCCUACAUCUUAGUUCUAAAACAAAGCUUGUUGAUAGCAUAGUUUUCAAAAUGCUAUGGAUUUGCAGUCAUUACCAGCAGAAGUUUGAAUGAGAGUUUUUGUUGUUGUUGGUUUGUUUGUUUUUUUUGGGGGGGGGUCUCCUUGUUAACAGUUUCUAAAGUUCAUUUUUAGGUGAAACUGUGAUGGGUUGAGCUGUCAUAGUUCAAGGACUCAGCUCUGUUUUGCCCAUUACUCAUUGUCAUACAAUAAUAGUAACGGCAUUAAAGAUGCCACAAGCUUAUAAAUUAUUCUCUAAAAGAACUAGGAGGUAUUUUCAUCUUAUCAGUGUACUUUUAUUAUGCAGCUACUUUGACAACAUUUUUGUUUCUGUCCCCUACAAAUCUGGUCAGAAAUCUCUUUUGAUUUUGUUGGCUAAGUUAAAUAGUCUACAGUAUGUAGAGUACUGGGUAUAAGUGGUCCAAAGUCAGAUAAGACUAAAAUAAAAUGCUAAAUCUUAAACUGGUUUAUGCACUAAACGUUUUGUGCCUUGGUCUAAUAUUAACACAUCUGUAAAAUGACAAAACGAACCAGUGUUGAUUCAUGCUACAUUUUCCAUCAUUUUGCAUUAUCCCGGACUGAUAAAUGUGUUCCUUCCUAGAGGCUUGAUUGAAUUACUCUACACAUCACUGUCAUACAUGACAGUCUUGUCUGUGUUAGAGAUUUCAAUAAUUAAAGUGGGAAGCAGAAGCUUAAGUUAUUUUCCUUCUCAAAACUGUUCCUUGGAACCAUAUUAUUAUGAUGGGUUUUUUUUCUGCUCUUAUGUGUUGAAUGUCUUCAGCUGAGUACAGUUUAGGGAUCCUUUCCAAUUCCAGGAAGUUACUGCUCGCCUCAACACUGUGAUCUGACCUGCGACAAAUGUGUACCAUACAUUCUGUAAAUGGCUAGCAAGUCAAUAGCAAACAAACUGAAUGUACAAAUCUUAGUGCUGGUGCUGAAAUCUCUUCAGAAGAGUCGUCAUGAUUUCAAGUUUGUUUAAAAAUUUAUAAGUAUAAAGUGUCAAAGCUGAAGAUGAAACACUGGUGAAUGUCAAAUCCUCAUGCUUUAGGUGUGUUUCCUUUUUAGGUUUCUCAGCUCUCUGCUGUUUUUACCAUAACUGUUUCAUUUAAAUUUCCUACACGCUAACUUCAUUUGUGCGAUUGAAAUAAAAUUGCAGUAUAUUUGUG